CAAAAUUUCCACCUUGAUUUUCAAUCCAAAAGAAAAUAUAAAUGGAGGUGAUGAGGCUGAAGGUGGAGCUGCGAUGCGAGGCGGAGGAGGAGGAGGAGGAGAUGGCGACGACGGCGUGCGGGUGGGAGACGCCGAAGAGGGCGGAGUGCCGGAUACCGACGCCGGUCCGCUGCCCGGCGCCGCCCAAGAAGAAGGCGCUGGUGGCGGCGGCGGGGUUCGGGAAGAGGAGAGAGCCGCCGAAGAAUGGGUAUUUCCACCCGCCCGAUCUCGAGGCGGUGUUCACAUUGGGGCCCAGGAGAGGAGCCUGUGCGUGAGUCAAAGCAAGCAGAGACGUUCGUUCUUUCUUCUCUCCUGUAAAUGAUCAACAGCGACCACUGCAGUGGCGCUCUGCUUGUGAUCGCGUCAGGGUAGAUUAGAUUUGUAUCUUCUUCCGUACGUAGUUAGGAUUAUAUUCUGCAUUAGCUAUUUAAGCACGAGUCGUUUUGCUUUCGCUUGCUAGUUAAUUAAGCCUUGUAACUUUAUGUACUUCCAACUUUCACAGAUUUUGAAUACACGUGGCCUUCGUCUCA